CAAAAACCAAAUGUGUUGGCAGUUAAAAUCUACAAGGACCAACUUGUGUGUGGGUGAUGGGAGUGUAAAAGUCGAGUUAUCGAACACAGUGCAUUCCUUUAUUUUUCAGAAUGUUGGAAGGUAGCAAGAUCUCAACUCGCUGUUUGGAUGCCCCAAAUCGACGUUUGUUCGAUUUCAAAACUAAAGAGCCGCUGCUAAGCCUAAGGCCCAUUACAUAUCUAAAACCUGUCUAUACGUUUGAAUUGGCAAGUGAUUUGGAAAAGUGCUUAGAUCUGAGCACUGGCACGGCUUCAGAAGAGUUUGAAAUGGACUUGUCAUUGCCUGAUAUCAGGCUGAACACAUUUGCACCUAACAACAAACUAAAGAUAUUGCCAGAGAACAUUGACUAUUCAAAAUUGUUGUCGUUUGAGACAGAUUCGAGUUUCGAUUCGGUGGAACGGCUACCCAUAGCAGAACAGGCAUGUGUAAGAGGCCACCAAAAGGACUGUGAAUUGUACUUUAUAGCAGAUGUGGAUACUGUUUUGAAGGAAGUAAUCGUUUCUGAUAAUAGAGAGCCCCAAUCACCGGUGCAACCACGUUCUGGAAUAUUCAGUGGCCUCUUCAGGAAUAGAUUACUUUCUACAAGAAGUAUGAGAAAUUUCUUCGCCGAUGCUAAUCAAAAGAGGAUCGGACUAGUAUAUCAAGAUUGUAGGAAACUAUUAACUACCGACGUCGUGAGAUUAAUUUUGGAACAAAUGCAGCAAGAUUUGCCACGGAAUUUAUCUGCCAUUUCCAGCACAGACUUAGCAACUACCGCAAAAGUGCAUUCAGCUUGGAAAAAAAUUAACAAUUUUGCUCUUUCGGUAUUUGAUGAAAAUAUUAAUUAUUCUCAACCAUUUUGCAAGUCGGAAGAGUUUAACAUUCCUGUUCAACAUGAGACUGGGGUGAUUGAUUUUCUCGUAGAUAAAAGUCUUAAAAGCUGUAAUAGUCCAAUAGACAAUACAGUGCCUGAUAACAUGGAGAUGGUGUUAUUUGAUAACCUUUUAUCCAAGCCUCAUGCAGAGGAUCAGGAAAUAAUCUCACCUAACGAGGAAGUGAAUAUUUCAGUUCACAACGAAGAAUCUGGUAAUCCAGUAUUCAAAGAAUCUGAGAGUGAGUCGGACAUUGAACUAGAAAAUAGCUCGAUUGGUAGAACCGAAAGUACGCUAAAAUCUUUUCAUGGGAUGAUUGAUCCAAUAGCUAUUAAGGAAACUGGUAUGCAGAUAUUCCGCGAGCCGACGAAGCUUUUUGUUUUCGAUCACUUAAAGCUAUGGAAGAAAAUAGGCGAAGGAUGGAUUGAAAUUUGGAGGCUUCCAGACUCUGGUAACUGUUACAUGCUACUCUGGGACAAGAACACAGGUAACCUACUUGUGCAUAUGCAGGUGGAUGGCAAAUGGAGCGUUAACUUUUUGACCAAAAGCACCAACAGCUGCCGUUGGGUGUACUACAAUUACGCUAACUGUCCAAAAGGAAUUCGCGAACCUUUGGGCUGUCGUUUUCGAGAUUCAAAAGUAGCAUCUCAUUUUGUGAGCACUGUGACAAAUUGUUCAGAUAAAGCCAUGUUUAAUUAAGUAUAUUUUGUAUUAUGUUGUUUGGUGAUCCAAUGUUAUUUUUUUGCACGUUUUCGAAACUCUAUUGUACAAAUUAUGUUAGCUGAUAAAAUAAAAAUCGUUUGGAGCUAAUUAAAUUAUAAUUAUCUCGUAAGCGAGAAAGAGCAAUGACUACUAGAAAUUCUACAGUUGACACAGUAAUACCGCAGGAGUGCGGUACUAAAAGAAGUAUCGAUAUACCUACCGAAGAGAGCAAAUAAUAAGAAUUGGAACGCUUUGAACUUCCGAGUCCGAUAACAGUCCAUGGCCACAGUGACAUGUUUGCUAGACAGCUGUUUAUUGCGAUUGGUGGUUGUAGGAUAGAGCCGGUCUUCAAGUUCGUUGUCAUAACAAGUUGUUGGGUGCAUUGAUCAAACAAACCCACCGGAUUCAGUAAAAUGUACAAUUUUACAAGCCAAUUGCUGCCGCCGUCAUGGAAUCUGAUAAAUUGAAUGAUUUAAAUAGGCAAAUAAAUGAGAUCAAGAAGCGCAUUUUGUUGGCCGAGGGCCAAAAGACAGCCAACGCUGCGGAGUGGCAGAAGCAGAAUCGUAUAAACUGCGACACUAUUGGAACACUGAAAAAGGAUAUUAAGGAGCUUACCAUUAAGGUAAGUCGUCUGCGCCAUCCGCUGCAGCGGCCUGUGGUCAUCAAGGACACCAGCUCUGAGCCACGCAAAAAGCAGAGUGCCACGACCUCCAUUAUUGUGGGCAAGGCUUCUUAUCCAAUUGGAGCCAAGAAUGCCGAUGAUGCCAUAUUUUUGACUGAUCUCAAGAUAACUGAGAGUCGUAAACAGAUGGAUCUACUGCGUCAUCGUUUCAAGACUCGACAGCAGCAUUUCAGCAGGCUGGUGGAGAAAUACCGAGAGCUCCUGGCUAAUAAGGAGGCGCAGAGUCAAAACUUAGGUGAGAAGCCACCGGAAACUCUCGAGGAGGACGCUAAUCGAAAGCUUGUUUGUCAGUUGGAGAACGAGAUACAUCGCACGAAUGUACAGUGGAUGGAAGCUGAACAUAUACGCAAGAAGUACCGAUCAAUCGAAGCAUCGCUCAUGACUGAUGCGGAGCGUUUCGAACGGAGUUUGCGUGAGCUGGAGCAUUCACUCAACGAACAAAAGGCGGAGAUUGAGCGCCUGCAACAGGUGCACAAUGAUGCGAUUGAAAUGCGUGAUGCCGCAAAAGUGAUACUGCAACGGCAGGAGCAACAGGCCAAUCUCUCACAGAAGACGCGCGAGCGUCAAGCUUUGGACUUUCGAAAGCAGGUGGAGGCACGUAAGCUGGAGCUGGAGCGUAUUGGUCGGAAGCUGUUCUCCGAGACUAAGACGCUUGUUCAUCAGGAUAGUGUGGGUUCUAGCUCGGGCGACCAACACACGGCCAAGACGGAGAACGGUGAGGAGGAGCCGGUGUCGCAGCUCGAGAGCGUUACGAGCGACAUGGAAUCCCUAUUUAAGCAGCUGAUGGCGGCUUCCGGCGCCACUUCACCCUUUGAGGUCUUUGAGCGCUUUAGCGCCCAAAAGGAGUCGGCUGCACGUCUCACUUAUUUACGAAAGGCAGCUGAAGCCGAGAAGGCUAAUCUGGAGGCAGAGCGUGAGGCGUUGACAAGCGAGCUGGAGAUAGCUAAGUUUUCGGAUGUCAAAGAGAGUGAAGUAAAUCAAGAGGUCAUCGAACAAAUCAAAAACAAUAUAGCUGUCCUGGAACAGGAACGUCAGAAGGACACAGAUGCCGCUGACAAGUCCAUGGGUGUGCUUAAGUAUCUCAAGGAUCGCAUUUGCGAGAUGAUAUUCAAGGUGCAGGAGGUGGACGAGACCAACAUCGACAUGAAAGAACGUAAGCUGCACAUCAGGGUCGCAGAGUUGCCCAACUUUUUGACACAUGUUGCCCAGGAUGAAGACUUAAUUGAGAUCCUUAAGUUGAAAAUUAAACGCUGUCAAGAGCUUAGCAAACCAGACGAUAUACCACCACUUGAAAUACCUAAACUCAACUUAGAGGAGGAUGAGGAAGACGUGUACCAACAGGAGCCACCUAAAUCGCCAUCAGUGCCCGAGGGCGAGAAGCCGCAGCCCAUGCCCAUGUGCUACUACAACUUGUUUGCGGGACGUUCACAGCGGGCGGCGGGCACUUCUUCGUCUUCGCCAGAGCAGGUGCCAGCAGUAGUGGCAACAGCCGAUGAUGACAAUGAGGUGCCAUCUCGCAACUAUCUCAAACGCCAAUCUGUGCUCAUUGUGGACUCGAAGUCACGGCGGAAACCAUUCCGACCACCACCCGGUGGCAGGCGCAAGUAGUUUCAGAGAAAAAACGUGGAUUAAAAUUAAUAAUUUUAAAA